AUAAAUACGAAGCACGAGUCGAAGCAGUGUUUGUUUGCCUUGUUGCUGCCUGUCAGAAUGACUCCGACCGUGGAAUUGCACCAUGAGACCCACACCAGCACCAUCCAUAUCCGAGCCGUACAGCAUAUGAUACUGGGUAUAGUCGACAAGAACCUCGUCUCAGAGAGAAAGUACUUUUGACAGUUCCACAGGCUCGGUUUAAUAACUCGAUAUCAGUCCAAGCUUGUGGUGGACCACCAUCGGGUGGGACUUACUGGAAGCCUACCACUCAUGGAUCACAUCCAUUUGGAAAGUGCCAUGCGAACAGACCGAGUGCCAGACUUGACCCCAUCUGCAGUCUCACCAGGAGACAUGGAAUCCAGAGACCAUCCACCUCCGCCCCCACCCCCACCACCACCUCAAGACCCUCGCUCAAAGAUUUCCCCAUACGUCCUGAAACUCCGACAAGUUCCCCACACUUUCUUGAACCAUAUACCCCGUCCGACAGGCCCACCACCGACCGGACCGUACUUUUUCUACGGCACACUGACCGAUCCUUGCCUGGUUCGUGAGCUGCUGGAACUGGACCACGAACCCGAGUUCCGACCAGCCUACGUUGAGGGCUAUGAGUGCAAACUAUGGGGCCCAUACCCCGCUCUCGUAGACGUGCCCGGCUCCACGGUGGAAGGCGCCGUCUACCAGGUCACGAAGGAGGAGCAUGCGGAACGGUUGGCGUUUUACGAAACAAUUAACUACCGCGCUGAUCCUUGCUGUAUCUACUAUCGAGAUGGAAAGGAACCGGCCCAGGAUUCUGGGUGCACAUUUGUGUAUGCUGGUAGCAGGAAGGAUUUGAGGGAUGGGGUUUUUGAUCUGAGGGCUUGGUUGGGGAGGAUGGGGGGGUCGCGGUCGUGAGUAUGAUGGUAGUAGAAUAAACCUGGUAUUUGGGGGUUGAAACUGUUAUCAAACCAACACUGUCUUCAUUGGUUUAGACUGCA